AUGAAGAAGGUGCUUCUACUCCUUAUGGUGACCUGCAGCAUGGGUCAGCAGAAUUGGGUCCCAUGUUCCGAACUUAAUGACGAUCUGCGAUACCCCUGCCGCUGCAAGGUGCAGGUUGACCGCGCGUUACAACUUGGUAUUCUGAUGAAUUGUGACAGAGUGGUGUUCGCUGGUGAUUAUCCACCUCUGCCAUACGGUGCUCCUAUUGUUUCAUUCAGUCAACGCUGGGCUGGGCAGCAAUCACUGCCUACACAGAUAUUCUCAUCCUAUGGCCUUCCACUAAAAGAACUUGACUUCUCGCAUAAUAGUUUAAGACGGUUGCCUGAUCGUCUACUCUCUGGAGUCAGAGGGAACAUCACAAGACUGGCACUGGCCGACAACUUACUUGGAGACAAUUUAAAUCCAAUCUUCUCAACUACGGAAUUUCACAAUUUGCCAGCGUUAGAAGAAUUAGAUCUUAGUGGAAACAGUAUUCGAGGUUUAGAAGAGGGCCUACUUAUUGGCUGUGAUGUUCUUAAGACCGUACGCCUCGAACGUAACAAUAUGAUUUCCGUCCCAUCAUCGUCCCUUAACGGCCCGCAGUCAUUAAAAGUUCUCUCGCUGCGGGAAAACAGAAUAGCUUUAAUUCGACAAGCAUCAUUCAUAUCCCAAAAAAACUUGGAAGUAAUAGAUCUACACAGCAAUAUGAUAUCGACGAUAGAAGGGGGCGCCUUCGUAAGUUUGAGAGAUUUGCAAGUCCUCGAUCUCGGUCGUAACAGGCUAUCAAAGUUUAACAGCGAUGUAUUUCUGGGAAUAGAAAACUUGGAAAAGUUAGAUCUCUCGGAAAACUUCAUAACAGAUUUUCCUACAGUUGCCAUGAAAUCUUUCACUGCGUUGCGACAGCUAAAUCUUUCCAGUAAUAUGAUUACGAAUAUCGACAAUAGUCACUUAAGCUCGCUGGUCUCGUUACAAGUACUAGACUUAAGUAGAAAUAACAUUGUUAAACUGUCACCGGGGACAUUCGUGGGACUCACGGAAUUACGUUAUUUGGAUGUCGGUGUAAAUUCUCUUCGAACUGUUGAAGAUGAUGCCUUUGAUGGUUUAACAGGCUUACAGACGCUACUUCUACGCGAUAACAAUAUACUUCUCAUACCUGCUACGGCAUUGUCACGCCUACCUAAUUUGGUUUCAGUACAUUUAGGCUUUAAUCGAGUAACGGCUCUCUCAAGUGAUAUCUUAAGGGCAGUUUCCGAUCGAAUCGAUAGUUUGGUUCUAUCUCGGAAUGUUAUUAGAGAGCUCCCGCCAUCCGCUUUUGAGCAUUUUAAGACGUUGCGUCGCUUAGAUUUGUCUGGAAAUCUCUUAAAUUCAAUAUCAGCGGAGGUUUUCGGUGGUUUAGAAAUGACAUUAGAAUUUUUGUCCUUAAAUCAAAAUAAAAUUUUAGGAUUUACGGGAGAAGAAUUAAAAUUUGUUAAUCUUUGGUAUUUAGAUAUUUCUGAUAAUCAAAUAUCUGAAAUACCUGUAAACGCUUUUCAAUCGAUUCCGAGCCUUGUUCAUUUAAAUAUGAGUCAUAAUUCCCAUAUUAGUGUUUUGCCCCAAAACGUUUUUGGGCAAAAUCAAGCUCUAAAAGUUGUUGAUAUAAGUUAUGUUGGCUUAAAAGCUUUACCGGUAAAUUUAUUUUUUAAAAAUCCUAGUUUAGAACGAAUUUAUAUAUCCAAUAACCUUUUACAAGAGGUAUCAGAAAACACUUUCAAGAAUCUUAGAAAUCUCACGGUACUUGACUUAUCAUAUAAUCAUAUAGUAAGCAUUAAAACACCGGCCUUUGUUAACGUAAUGUCUAUUCAGUAUUUGUCAUUAAGAGGUAAUCAAUUAAAUGCAUUUAAAGGUGAAUUCUUUAAUACGGGUACAAGCUUAGAAGUGAUAGAUAUUUCUGAUAAUCAAUUAAGUUAUUUAUUUCCUUCUUCAUUUAAAAUACAUCCGCGAUUAAGGGAAAUUAUAUUGAAAAAUAAUAAGUUUAAUUUCUUCCCAUCGGAACUAAUUAGUACGCUGCAAUAUUUGGAAUUGGUAGACUUAUCAGGCAAUGCUUUAAAAAAUGUUGAUGAAUUGGAUUUUGCUCGUCUACCAAAAUUAAGAACAGUUUUGUUAGCUCGAAAUGAAAUCGAAAGUGUGAGUGAAAUGGCUUUCCAUAAUUCAACUCAAAUACAACAUUUGGAUUUAUCUUUCAAUAAAAUUGAUCGUCUAGGAGAUAGACUAUUCGAAGGAUUAAUAAGAUUAGAAAAAUUAGAUUUGAGUGGUAAUCUGAUGAACGAGCUGCCUGAAAAUAUAUUUGAUAGAUCACGUUUGCAUAUGCUAGAAACGAUAAUUUUGAGUAAUAACUUAUUUGAACAUCCUCCUCUGAAGGCAUUGCAAAAGCAAUAUUUCUUUGUAUCGUCCGUUGAUCUUUCUCAUAACGAAAUUGUAGAUAUACAAGCAGAAGAUAGUGUUAUGGUGAAUAUCAAGAAGUUAGAUUUAUCAUUUAAUCCACUUUCUGAAAAAACAAUAAAUAAUGUUUUAACGGAACCAAAAACUGUUAGGGAUUUAAAUCUUGCGGCCACUGGAAUAAAAUUUGUUGGACAGCUAGAAACUCCAUUUUUGCACAGAUUGAAUUUAUCAUUUAACAAUAUAACUAAAUUAACUGAAAAAACUUUUGUCAGAACUACUUUAUUGGAAUCUUUAGAUUUAUCCUUCAAUCAAAUAGAAGAUGUUUCUAAAUCACUAGCAGUUUCUUGGCCGAAUCUUAAAAACUUACAAAGACUUAACAUUUCUAAUAAUCCUAUAAAGAUGAUUGUUGAUGGUAAUUUUGAAGGACUCUCGUCAUUACGAAUUUUGGACAUGAGGUAUCUAGAUAAAUGCACAAAAAUAGAAAAGAAUACUUUUAGGUCUUUACCUAAUCUUAUUGAGCUUCGAGCGUAUGGCUACCCACGAUUAGGAUAUUUUGACGUGCAAGGUACAUUACAACACUUAUUUGCUUUGGAAAAAUUGGACGUUGAAGUAAAAGAUACAAAUAUUGGGGCAGAUCAGCUUGCAUCUGCAUUACAUCCACGACUUGAAGAGUUAGGGAUACGUGGAGACAGAUUAAAAACAAUUUCUUCCGGGGUAUUAGCUGGUUUGAAGUCUCCAUUUAUGAUAGUAAGAUUUAGAAAUACAUCAGUUUCAAGUCUGCCACCGGCCCUACUAUUUCCGUUGCCAAGAUCAUCGCAAAUAACCAUAGAUGUGGCUGGUAGUCAGUUAACAACGUUACAACCACAGUUAUUGGUAGCACUUGAUGACCGUAGAGCAGAUCUUUCCAUGUUUGGUUUAGAUACAAAUCCUAUUCGUUGUGACUGUAAUGCAAGAGCGUUGCGUAGAUGGUUACCAAACGUAGGAAUAGAAGAUGUACAAUGUCACUCUCCUGAUCAUUUGGCUGGAUAUUUAUUAGUUGAAAUUGGUGAUGAUGAACUGUCAUGUGAUACGAGAAAAAGAACUACUAUAACAUCUUCUUCAAGCAGAUUAACAACUACAAGUUCACCACGUCUUGUUCACAGAACUUCAGUGGAACCCGAUAUAAUUUGGUCAGUAGCCCCAUCACAUGAACGAACAAAAUUGCCAGGUGAACCAAAAGGAGCUCCUGUAAUAGCUUCUUCUUCUAACGACGACAAUCUUAUUAUAGGGAUUGUUGGAGGAGUAGUUGCAUUUAUAGUAAUUCUUAUUGUUGCAAUAUGCAUCGUAAGGUUAAGAAUGACUACAACGUCGUACAGGGGUGGUCCAUUAGCAAAUAGUGCAAGUGCAGGUGCAGCUCCUUUGUGGGGCCCGGCUUGGCCAGGUUAUGCAGCAACAUUACCGCCAGCUUCGCUUUCGACAGCAACUUUGCCUCAUAAGGUGCACUCAGGCCCUGGGUCUGUACGUUAUUUAGCACCACCUCCACCUGCACCGUAUUUUAUAAGUAUGCCACCACACGAUGAUAAAAUUUAUCGAUAG